CACGGCGGUUAUACUCCAUGUGAAGCGAUCUUGCAAUUGCCAGCGAUACAAUGGGUCGACGAGGUGAUCCACAGGAUGGUCUCUCAAUACCCCUCCACACACCCCGCUCCCACUCCCACUCCUACGACCACGAUCCACCACCGCCGCGACAACCCUCCUCCCGCGAAGAAGAAGAAGACCUCCAAGAACUCCGCCGCUACGAAGACUUCACAACAGUCGACUGGGUCCAAGACGCCCACCGCUCACAAACCCGCAAGAGAAUGAAGAGGGAGGAGGCCGAAAGACGAGGCGAACGAAUCAGCACCUGGCGCGAACGCCUAGAACAAAUCUACGAUGACGGACAAGCGUGGAUUGUAGUCUCCCUCGUCGCGACGCUGAUUGGGAUUAAUGCCGCACUACAAUCUAUCGUUACGGAAUGGCUUUCGGAUUUGAGGGGGGGGUAUUGUGCGUCUGGGUGGUAUCUCAAUCGCAAGUUUUGUUGUUGGGAGGCUGAGGCACAUUGUCCGGAGUGGAGGCCAUACAGUACGGGGAUUGGGGCGUAUCCGAUCUUUGUGUGUUUUGCGGCGGGGUUCGGGUGGGUGAGCGCCUAUCUCGUCCGAGAGUUCGCGCCAUACGCUGCUGGCUCUGGAAUCAGUGAGAUCAAGUGUAUCCUCGCCGGCUUCAUCAUGAAGAAUUUCCUCGGUGCUUGGACGCUGUUGAUUAAAUCUUGUUGUUUACCACUUGCCAUUGCUAGUGGGUUACAGGUUGGGAAGGAAGGGCCGGCGGUUCAUGUUGCGGUGUGUACGGGGAGUGUCGUGACACGCUUUUUCUCGAAAUAUCGCGGGGAUGCGGGGAAGAUGAGGGAGAUAUUCACGGCGUGCUCCGCCGCUGGAGUCGCUGUUGCGUUUGGCGCCCCCAUCGGCGGCGUCCUUUUCGCAUUCGAGGAGAUGAGUGCGGGAGGGGCUGGCUUUCCGCUCAAAACACUCUACCGUACGUUUUUUUGUGCGUUGAUUAGUGUUACGGUACUCAGUGCCCUCAACCCCUUCCGCACCGGCCAACUCGUUCUCUUCCAAGUCACCUACGACCGCGACUGGCAUUUUUUCGAGAUCGUCAAUUUCCUGUUCCUCGGCGUCGCGGGCGGACUCUAUGGUGCGUUCGUGAUGAAGUGGAAUAUUCGCUAUGUCGCCUUUCGGAAACGAUAUCUUGCGCGUUGGGGCGUGCCGGAGGUCGUGGGGUUAGCUGUUGCAACGGGGGUUGUGGGGUGGUGGAAUUUGUGGGUGAGGAUGGAUAUGACGAAGGGGAUGGAGAUGUUGUUUCGGGAGUGUGCGCAACUUGAAAGUUGGGAGGAUGGAGCUGGGUUGUGUGAGUAUGGGAGUAGGUGGAGGGUUAGUGCGUCGUUACUCAUCGCUACGGUCAUGAGAAUCUUUUUCGUGAUCAUCUCCUACGGCGCGAAGAUUCCCGCGGGGAUCUUCGUCCCCUCCAUGGCCGUCGGAGCCACAUUCGGCCGCCUCGUCGGGAUCGUGGCGAAUGCGAUUCAACAGACGUUCCCCACCUGGAGUGUGUUCGGGGUUUGUUCGCCCGAUGUACCGUGUAUCACCCCCGGGACGUACGCAUUCCUCGGCGCAGCGGCGGCUCUGAGUGGGAUUAUGCAUAUCUCUGUCUCGGUUGUGGUUAUUAUGUUCGAACUCACCGGAGCGCUCAACUAUGUCCUUCCAUGCAUGAUUGUCGUUGGCGCAACCAAAGGCGUGUCGGAGUACCUCGGUAAAGGCGGGAUCGCGGAUAGGAUGAUUGCGGUAAACGGGUAUCCAUUCCUCGACUCGAAGGAGGAGAGGAAUUUUGGGGGGGUGAGGGUUGGGGGCGUGAUGCAGAAGGCACGGGGGUUGAGGGUCGUUACGGUUAGGGGGAUGAGGGUUGGGGAUGUGGAGGGGUUGUUGCGCGAGACGGAGUUUAGGGGGUUCCCGGUUGUUGGGUGUGUGAGAGACAUGGUGCUUGUUGGGUGGAUUGGGAGGAGGGAGAUUAGGUAUGGGCUUGAGAGGGCGGGUGUGGGUGAGGGUGUUGGGGGCAGGGAUGAUAGGGAUGUUGAGUGUGUGUUUGGAGGGAUGACUGAGGAGGGGAUGGAAGGUACGCCCGACCUCUCCGCCCCCGCUCCAACGUACGACACCGACCCCAACGUCAUCGAUUUCACCCGCUACGUCGAUCCCACCCCACUAACAGUCCACCCCGCGCUUCCCCUCGAAACCUGCUCUUCCCUCUUCCAAUCCCUCGGCCCACGCGUCAUCCUCGUCGAACACUACGGUAAACUCCGAGGCCUGGUAACGGUGAAGGAUUUGUUAAAGUUCACGGCUAUGCUCGAAAAUCGAGAACAUCCACGGGAUUAUGAGGGGGAGGAGGAGGAGCAGAGGCGGGCCUGGGACUUUUUGGGUAGGGUUGGGAGGAGGGUUAGGGGUGUUAGUGGGGAUUUGAGGGGGAGGUUGGGAGUGGGGGGAUUUGGGUUUGGGUUGGGUGGGGGGAGUCCUGGGAGGAGGGCGGAGGCGGCGGAGGCGGCGGAGGAGUUUGUGCUUGAGGAGGAGGAGAGUGAGAGUGAAGAUGAUGAACGAGGAUUGGGGACGCAUGAUGGGAAUGGGAAUAGGUCGAGCGGGGAACGUUAA